AUGGAUCGUGAUUUACAUACCAAAGAACGAUUUGUAAAAUAUCUACGCGAACGAUAUCAAACUAAUCCUGCAAAUUUACUUAUUAUCGAUGAAUUUGAACAAAACUACCGACCGGCUUCUGCGGUCUGGUGGUACACACGAGGUUGCUUCCUCUUUCAAAUGCUAAACCGAGCUCUUCGAGUUAUGGAUAGUGAUAUAAUAAUUAAAAUGAGUUUCUUUUUAUAUGAUCUUCAUCAACAACUUGAACAGUUGCAUAGUUCUCAAUCAGUCACUUCUAUCCCUGGUGUAGUAUACCGCGGUCAAGGAAUGACUCGAAAUGAUUUUGACAAGCUUCGUAGAGAUAUUGGUGGGCUGAUAUCUUUCAAUGCAUUUACAUCGACGAGUACUGAUAAGCAAGCCUCUUAUUUUUUCUGCCCAAUACCACCACAAGAUCCUGAUACGGUACCUAUUCUAUUCGAAAUGACAAUCGAACCAUCUCUGCAAUCGGCAACAUUUGCCUUGCUGAAUAAUGUCAGCUACUAUUCAGAUAAUGAAAAUGAAGUCUUAUUUUCCAUGCACACAGUCUUUCGCAUUGAAAAUGUCGAAAGCAUUGACGAUGUUUUUUGGCAGGUUAAACUGACAUUAACCAAUGAUGAAGAUCCAGUUCUUAAACGUUUAGGUGAACGAAUAAAAGAAGAAACAUUGGGAUCUACUGGAUGGAGCCGUUUGGGACAGCUACUUAUUCAAAUGUGCCAUUUUAAUGAAGCCAAGGAAGUCUAUCUAACAUUGAUGGAAUCAUUAUCAUGCGAUGAUUAUGAAGGAUUGGGAAAUUGCUAUCAUCAGCUAGGAGUAGUAUCGAGUGGAAAAGCCGAUUACAUUGAAGCUCUGCAUUGGUAUCAAAAAGCAAUUGAGUUUUAUAAACAGGAGUCUCCAGAAAAUCACAUUGCGAUAGCUUCUGUGUACAAUAAUAUCGGUGCAAUCUAUUACAAAACUGGAGAAUUUGCUAAAGCUCUUGAAUUCUAUGACAAGACUUCAAACAUCUUCCAUAAUAUUCUUUCUUGGAAUGAUCCAGCACUAGGUACACUUUAUAACAACAUAGGCUCAGUGUGUGAGUCGUUACAAAUGAACACAGAAGCGCUUGAAUUUCAUCAAAAAUCAUUACAUAUUCGGCAGGAAAUUUUACCACCGUUUCAUCCAAGUUUAGCUAAAACCCAUCGAAACAUCGCUGCUGUAUAUGAAAGGUUAGGAGAGUUUUCUAGAGCAUUGGAAUUUUAUGAGAAAGCACUUCAAAUUCAAGAAAAGUCACUCCCGCCAAAGCAUCAUGAUCUGGCUACAACUUACAAUAACAUCGCUACAGUUUAUGAUAAUAUGGGAAACUAUACAGAAGCAUUAAAGUAUUAUGAACAAGAUCUUCAUAUUGCUCUUGAAAUAUUUCCUAAUCAUCACCAAACUCUAGCAGCUGUUCAUCAGAACAUGGGUGCAGCUUACGAUCGAAUAGGUGAGUAUUCAAAAGCGCUUUGCUUCUUGCAGAAGUCACUAGAAAUUCGUCAGCGAUCACUGCCUGAUGACCAUCCUACUAUGGCUCCAAUUUAUAAUAAUAUGGGAUCGGUCUAUGAUCACAUUGGUGAAUCUUCGAAAGCAUUGGAGUAUUAUCAAAAAGGACUUGAUAUUUACCAAAAAAUACUCCCAUUAAAUCAUUCUGAUUUAGCUGCCAGUCUCAAUAAUAUCGGAUCUCUUCAUGAUACUAUGGGUGACUAUCCGAAAGCAUUGGAGUAUUACCUAAAAUCACUGGAUACCAAGCGAAUAUCUCUACCUUUGCAUCAUCCAAGUUUAGCUACUACCUAUAGCAAUAUUGGAGCAGUAUAUGAAAAUAUGGGAGAUUAUUCAAAAGCUUUGGAGUUCUACGAGAAAUCCUUGGAUGUGUAUAAUCAAUCUUUCGAUAAGAAUCAUCCAAAUUUAGCUGUUAUCUACAGUAAUAUGGGUCACCUGUAUGGGAAAAUGGGAAAAUAUUUAGAAGCACUUGAUUUCUACGAUAAGUCAUUAAAAAUUCAUCGAGCAAUGUGCAGCUCUAAUGACACAAUCGAAUUAGCUACUCUCUAUAAUAAUAUUGGAUUGAUAUACAGUAAUAUCGAUGAGCAUGCGAGAGCUCUUGAGUACUUUGAAAAAUCUAUGGAAAUUAAACAAAAGAUACUUCCUCAAAACCAUGCCAGUCUAGCCACAACCUAUAACAAUAUCGGUUUAGCCUACGAGGGUAUGGUAGAAUAUUCAAAGGCACUUGUGUUUUAUCAAAAAGAUCUUGAGAUCAGUCGAGCUACUCUUCCAGCGAAUCAUCCUGAUAUAGCCACAACAUUGGGUAAUAUUGGAUCCUUAUAUUGCGAAAUAGACGAACACUGGAAAGCAUUAGAUUACUAUCAAAAAGCUCUGGCUAUCGCAGAAAAAUCGUUACCUUCUGAUCAUCCGGAUCUACAACAACAUAGAGAGAACCUAGAGAUUCUCAAGCACUAUUUGCAAGAAGUUUAA